GAGAGGGAAGAGUGGGCGAGGCCUCUAAAGGCCCCCAGCAACCACUGUACUACUGUCUUGCCCGGUGCCUGCCUGGUGCCCUGCCACAGCCUUUGUGCCCUGAGUGGAUGAAGGGCAGGAGAGGAGGCAAGGGGAAGCCAGUUGGAGCCCUGGGCUCUGGAAGGGCUUGGGGACAAAGCUGAGCAGGGCUCUGGGGAGGUUCCCAGGCUGAAGAAGUGUGGCUGCAGCAGAGACAGCUACCACAGCAGCACAUCUCCCCCCGGCCCUACUCUGGGGCCCCUGGGGGCCCCUUCUGCUGACAACAUGGACAGUCUGCCUGGGGUAGGGCCCCUAGGGAAGAAAGGCAACCAGACAAAGAGAGAGAACAACAAAUCUAGAAGAGAUAACUAGCAGGUUGGAAGCAACUGUCUGUCCCUUAGCCCCUUAGGGUGACCUAGCACCUCUGGGGUCCCCUCCUCCCAUUCAAACAUCCAAUCACUCAGGGCAGGAGCCAGGAGCGCGCUGUGAGGACGUGAGCAUUGUUUAUCUGUUUCUCUUGGUCCAAAGGAGUCUUUGCAAAGCCUGCUUCAGAGCAGAGCAGAGAAUAACUCCCUGCAUGUGUUAUACAGGCUCCUUUUUCUGGCCCAAAGCUGCCUUUAAAAACACAUGAGUUGAGCCGGGCAGUGGUGGCGCGUGCCUUUAAUCCCAGCACUUGGGAGGCAGAGGCAGGCGGAUUUCUGAGUUCAAGACCAGCCUGGUCUACAAAGUGAGUUCCAGGACAGCCAGGGCUACACAGAGAAACCCUGUCUCAAAAAAACCAAAAAAAAAAACAAAAAACAACAACAACAACAACAAAAAACCCACAAACCAACAAACCACAUGAGUUUAAUCACUGAAGCAAGUACUAGUUAUCUAGUGUCCAUUGUUUUAAGAUGACAGCACUGGCUUCUCUUGAAGACAAGGAUUCAAUUCCCAGUGCCCACAGGGCAGCUAACAACUGUGAACUCCAGCUCCAGAACUGACACCCUCUUCUGGCCUCUGCUGGUAUUGCACCCACAUGGUACACAGACACGCACAGGCAGAACACUACUACACAUAAAAUAAAUACUAAAUCUUUUAAAACAAAAGAAUAGCAUACAUGACCACAUUUAAUCCUCAAACAUCCUGUCAUUUGAAGAUGUGAGUACUGGGCCCAGAAAGGCUAAGUACUUUCCCACAAGGUCUCACUGCCAAUAAAAUGAUAGAAGCUGGAAUUCAAACCUAAGUCAACUUCUACCUAAGCUGGGACCCUUCUCUGAACACAAAGGCACUUUGCUGAUAGGCCUAGAACAGGUGAAGGUGUAGCCUGGCCUCACUCUUCCAAUCUGUAACAAAGAAACACCAGGAUGGCUCUCCCAGAGAGGUAACAAAGUAUCCACAGUGGGGGGAGGGGGCACUGUCUCUGUCUCUCACCAAGGUCUCUUUAUGUAGCCUAGGCUGAUCUCCGACUUACCAUCCUCUGCAUAUAUGGAUGUUUCAUAAAUAAAAUGCUUAUUAUUUGUUCUUGGGCCAUGAAUACAAGAGCAGUCCAGUGCUGACAUAUGUUCAGAUUUGUAAAUAUGGUCAUAUGUGGGUCUUGUCUGCACAGGAUGCUAGAUUACUACAUGAUAGUGUGCAGAACUAAAGGGACUUGUGGCCUCUGAAUGGAGGAGUGUGUGUGUGUGUGUCUGUCUGUCUGUCUGUCUGUGUCUUGGUGUAUAAAUUAAGACACACAGAUGCUGAGGCUCCAGGACUGAUUAAUAUAGGUGUUUUAGGGAGGGAGACCCCAACUAGCCCUUCUCCCCUCCCCCUGCCCCCACCUUUUUUUUUUUAAUUCUUUGAGACAAGGUCUCAUAUAUUGCAGACUGGCUUUACUCUUGUUAUGAAGCUGUGGAUGACCUUAAAUUUCUGUCUCUACUUCCCAAGUGCUGGAAAUCCAACCUAGGGCUUCACGUAUGCUAAGCAUGUUAUCAACCAUGCUAUAUCUCCAGUCCUGACUUCUCUGAACUCCAGGAACUUCAGUGCCUAUUCCCACCCCUUGUCCAAACUCCUUCGAUGACAUCCUCCUGUUCCCAUCUUCCCUACUCUGAAGGAAGAUGGGACACUCUGGGAGCUUCUACAAGAUGUGGCUCUGUUACUGUGGGUGAGAGUUCCCCAGGAUCGAACACACAGAUCCUCCCCUGCACCCAAGGUGAGCAAGGCACACCCAGAUCACCCAUCCACAGGAAGGAAACAGGGACCUGAGAAGGGAGUGGAGCCAGGCAAGGUCACGGGGUAGGUAAGAGGUGGAGUUGGGCUGGUGGCUUUGCUGGUUGACUUCGAUGACUUCAAGUUCUUUAACUGUAGGGGUGGGGUUGCUGGGUUGUGUCAUUCAGGGCAGCUGCUUUCAAAUCCAGCCUAGCACUGGGGAGCCGAAGGAUAGAAGUAGCAGGUGAAGGUUCUCCCAACCUAGACAUACCCAGCCAGCUGUGAUCCCAUUUCUCUAUUUGGAUAAUGAAGUUUGUAUUGUAUAGGGAUGGGGGGCGAAUUUUAGCUUAACCAAAUCAAGGUUGUCAUUUCACUAAUAAAAACUGUGUUAUAGGUUAGAAGUUAUUUUUUGUUUGUUUGUUUGUUUUCCUUGUAGAGUUUAGGGCUUCUUUAGGUUCUUACAAAGCCAGUGAAUAAGAAAUUAACUCUUAGUAUGCCAUCCGGGCAUCGGUCCUCCAAUCUAUAACAAAUACCAAAGGUUUUGCUUGGCUUUGGUGGAACUCAGAGAAAGGCAAAGGUAUAUCAUUGUAUCCAUAGGUGGCUCCCUCCCCCAUCUUUUUAGGAUUUAGCGAUAUAGCCUCCUAGGCUUGAUUCCAAGUCAAGACACAAAUAAGUGUUCCACCACACCUGCCUGUCUUGCUUUUAUUCUGUCCCCGGCAUUACUCCAUUAAGCACCUUGCAAAUGUUGCUAUUUGCCACCCCUCACAACCCCAACAGGCCACUGACACACAGAGAAGGCAAAUAACUUGGGGAAGGUCACACAGCAGUCUGUGACAGAUCCAGAGAUGGGCGGAGGCAUUUCGCUGCUCCUGCCAAUAGGGCUCCUCCACUAGCAGGCUCGGAGGGCUGUCAGCACCAGCUCUGAGGAACGCCAUGCCCUAAAUCUACAGGUUUGCCUUUCGUCUUGCAUGGAGCUGAUUCCUAACUCAAGUGUGGGGUUUGUGGGUUCAAGUUCUAAGGCAGGGGAAGAGGACCAAGAGACCUAAGAUGAAGCACACUUGGCUUUUAUUCUGGACAGGGUACUUAACCAGCUCAGGGUCUUCACCUAUAAAAUAGAGACAACUCAACCCUGCGGCUGCUUGAAAGAUUUAAUAAAAUUAAAAACAAAACAAAACAACACAACACAAACCGCCAAAACUCUAUUUCACAGCGCUUAAAACAAGCAAGCGAGCAAACAAACAAACACAAACCACCAUAAGAAAGGCCCAGCUGUUGAAGGCAAGCAUGCACCUGGAAGAAGGAGGCAGGAAGAUUAGGAGUUCAAGGCCAAUUGGGCUAAAUGACAUCCCAAUCUCAAACAACAUAAAACACAAAAACCGCUGUUAUUAAUAAGGUAUAGACCCCAAGAGGUUGCUUUAGUGGAGGAAGGCUGGCUAAGACCAAAAUAAAGCAUGAAAGGAAUAGAACCCCUCAGUGGAGGAGGAGGGGGAGCUCCCUCAAUAUUAGGGACUCUGUCACCAAGUCCCAGAAUAUACCCCCAUCCACCUGCAGUAGGUGGGGUGGGACUCCAGAGGAAACUGAUAGGUCAGGAAGUUCAGAGAUGUGAACCCAUUAUAAUCGAUCAACUGUCAGGCAGAGUGCCAGGCUAUUUACCUGCAUUAAACUAUUGGAUCCCAAAGAUGCGCCUCGGAAGGAGGUGGUAGUAACUAAUCACACUUUUAGAUAGACACGGAGGUUCAGAUAGGUUAAGUAACUUGCCAAGGUCGCACAGCUCAAAGAACAGCGGAGCUGGGAUUUGAACCGGGUUUUCUGUUACUCUGCUGUACUUGGAAGGAAUUUGUACCGAUGCCAAAAAGGGGUUCUUCGCGACUUAUCACCCAUCUUCUGCCUCAAAACAUCCCCACCCACCUACUCGCUCACUCCCUGGCCAAGACUUCAACAGCAGGCCCCAGCAUGUGCUACCUGGUACAUGCCAGGACGUAGACCCUCUGGUACCCGGGAGGACAAAGGUGCUGGCAGCAUACCCACCACCUGAGCCUGGCAGCCACUCCCCUUCCCCUUCUCUCUUAUAUCUGGAAGGCAGAGGGCUGUGGUCCCCUCUUCAGGAGGCGUUGGGUACAAUCUCAUUCACCCGACUACUGCAGACCGGGAGGAGGUUCAGGGUCAGGGAGUGGUACUCGGUAGAGAGCAGAGCCCCAAGCCCCUCUGAGCAACCGGCCGCCAGACUUCCGAUCAGGGGACCAAGGCGGGUGGCAGCACAAAGCUCCAAGGGCAGCCAGCCCCUCUGACCUCUCUUCCCCACUUCCCGGGCAUCCUUGCUUUUUCUGAGCAACACAACGACAAGCUUUGGGACAGUCCGCACCAGGCGGUCAAGACGGCCGGGAGGGACAAAGCGCGCCCCCUCCCCCUCAAUAGGGCCUUUGCCUACUCCGGAUUCGCGUCUGAAUCUUCUCCCCACCGCACCCUCCAACGCAGGCCCGGGCGGCUCAUGAAUGAACUGCUCUGUGUGGGGCGCAGGAGAGGACAUGCUCCCCGGGCCGGCCGCCCUCUCCAGCCCGCAGAUCAGUCCCCACCAGGGUUGGGGCAGCUACUCGUCUGGUGCUAACACCUCGAGCCCUGCCCUUUGCCCAAGCAUGAACCCCUUGCUUGAGGCCGGCUUCGUCCCCAGCAACAAGAAAAAGAAUUAAAAAAAAAAAAAAAGAGAGAGACCGAGGGCAUUGGACUUGGCGACCCUAGAAUGCAAAACUCGGGGGCGGAGGCGGGUGGUUCCCUUCAGCGGCGCCGGCGGCUGGGGAGCAGCUGGGACCGGAGGAGGGCCGCGCAGGGGCCGCACACCUGGACGGAGCAGGUUUGCCGUCUUGGGAUCCCAUGGCCGCCCUUACUGGGCUUUGGGGCUCUUUUGCCCAUGUCAGCAGAGCAUUCAGCCAGCGCUGCUUCAGCACCUCUGGGAGCCUCAGUGCCGUCCAGAAGAUGACUCGGGUCCGAGUAGUGGACAACAGCGCCCUGGGCAGCACCCCAUACCAUCGGCCACCCCGGUGCAUCCACGUCUAUAACAAGAGUGGGGUGGGCAAGGUGGGCGACCAGAUCCUGCUGGCCAUCAGGGGGCAGAAGAAGAAAGCACUCAUCGUGGGACACCGCAUGCCCGGCUCCCGAAUGACCCCAAAGUUUGACUCCAACAACGUGGUCCUCAUUGAGGACAAUGGCAACCCUGUGGGGACUCGAAUUAAAAUACCUAUCCCGACCAGCCUUCGCAGAAGGGAAGGAGAGUAUUCCAAGGUCCUGGCCAUCGCUCAGAACUUUGUGUGAGCAGAGCGGCUCUGGGCUCCUGCCACACUGGUGACAGUGUCGUGGAGCAGAAUAAAUGUUUUAAUGUAUGUUUUCUUCCUA